AUGUGGACAUCGUAUCCAGGUGGACUUGUCCCGCAGAGGAAGGCGCACAAUGAAUCCAAGGAAAUGAUAACAUUUCCACCAAUUUCUAAAGGGUUGUUGGCAAACAUCUCUCGCAGAAAUUCUAGAAAUUCUCAGCUUGCAGAUUAUCACUGGAAUGGAACUUAUAGGAGGGUUACUAGAGAAAUGGCCACAAACAUCAAACAGCAUUUAAAACAACAUUUCCUCCAACGCCAUGUGAAGAAAGAUCAAUUUUGCCAUUCUGGUUUAUACACUGAUGAUGAGGAUAAAGUUCAUUCAAGGAGUGGGGACGUUUCCAUGCUGAAGUCCAGUGGACCACUUAAGAGGAGCAACAGCAGUUGUGGUGAUGAAAAUUCACAGGACCAAAUUAAAGGAACAUUUUAUCCUGGGGAUCCUUAUACAUUAGAAGAAGAAUAUGAUGGUGAUCUGAAUUUUACAACAGAGCUUACUAGCAGGCAAGGGACUGGCAAUGUUGGCUGGGAGAGUAUGAGAUUAAGGAAGAAAGACGUAAGAGGGUCACUGAGUUCUGAAGUAUUUUCUGAUGAUAUCAGUAAUGUUUACAAAUUGUCUGACUCUCUUUCAUCUAGCUGCUUUUCUUUACAAAGAGUAUUUUAUCAGCCCCAGACUCUACCAGUAAUGUCUGUAGAUGUGAAAAAUGAAGCACCAGACAUAGGAAAAAGCAGGAAAGAUCUCCAUUAUAGCACAAGAGACAAUACUACUAGUACUGUGCAAGCAGUACUAUCAAAAAAUGUGAAUAAAACCGGUGAACUAGUGUGGAAGAAACAGACCAGUACUGAAAGAGAAAAUGCAAUAAUUCAUGGGAACAUCCGGAUGCCAUAUACUUCGGAAAAGAAAAUGUUCAUGGUGUAUCUUUGUGGAGGAUACAAAGACACCGAACCUGAAAGAACUGCCCUUCUGCAGAAAGCCUAUCCACAGCUUUACACUUAUUGCAAGGAAAGAGGUUACAAUUUUAGGCUUUGUGAUCUUAGAUGGGGAGUCAGAGAUGGUGUAAAUAACAACAAUAACAUGCUAACACUUCACCUGGAGACACUUAGACAAUGCCUGGAGACAGAAGGCCCAAACUUCUUUCUUAUUACUGGGCAAAAACAAGAUAGUCCUGCUAUCCCAGAAACAAUACAACAAGAAGCCUUUGAGAAAAUAGUUAAUACAAUUGAAAGAAUGAAACCAGAAUCCACAAAAAAGAAGAACGUUCUACUAAACCAUGGUACAGAAGAGACAGCUGUCAGUAUGAAACUGACCGUAAGUAAACAUCUGGCAGAUGACAGCAGAGAAAACUUUACAAUGAAGUCAGAGGACAAAGAAAAUGAUUUUCCGGGAUCUGAGUCUUUCACAAACACUGAUGUGGAUUUUACUGAUGCUUCCAUCCAAACUAAAAAGUUGGCUACAGACUAUCAAAAAGAAAUAGACUGCCUUCAUCAGUGGUACAAGCUGGAUGAGAACUGUAUUCCCAGUGUUUAUAGACUUCAGCCAAUUAGCUCUCUGUACAGAGAUAUUUACAGCAGGGAUCCAGCACGGAGACAGCAGGCAAAAACUAACUGGCUGAGUGUUUCUCAGAAGCUGUACAACAUUUUCCAGGAUUACGCACCAUUGGCCGUUAAUGGAGAGGUUGUAUCUGAACUACUUCGGACAGCUGUGGCCCAAGAAACUGAAUAUGCACUGAACACCUAUUGUUCUGCCAACGAUCAUUGCUACUGGUUUAAGAGAACCAUCACUGACUUAAAAUACAACCUGGCAAAUGAAAAGGCUUCUGAUUAUAUUGAUAUCCUUGCUUUACGACCAGAGAUAAAUGAAAAGCUCCAGAAAGCACAUCAGAAUUUCAUAGCACAUGUACACAGUAAGCUGCAUCAUACAAACAUCUUGGAGUACGGUGUAAGCUGGGGCAAUGAUGGUAUCAACCCUGGGACCAAUCGAUCACAUACCUACUAUAUUGAACGCCUGUGCAGCGAUUUUCAAACAAUUAUUACUAAUCAGUACAACAAAAUUAUUUCCUCAAAAGAUGUAAAAGAUAUUCCAGACAUUAGAUGGAGAAAAGAUAUGCUUAAAAAUCGUGUCAAAGAGGAGAUACUUGAACACGCUCAGCACUGCCAGAAAUUGGUAACACACUUUAUGGGAAAAGAGGAUUUCCUGCUUGCUUUGAGGAAUGCUGUACUUUUCAAGUCUGGAAAGAUGAUAUGGGUGCAAGGUGAUGCAGGAUAUGGAAAAAGCUCAGUGAUGGCAAAGGCUGCAUUAUCUGCUGUUGACUGGAUACCUGGUGAUUUGAGAGUUGUAGUUCGGUUUACUGGAAUCACUGGAGACAGCAAGAAUGUCAGAUUGCUGCUUUAUAGUCUCUGCUACCAGAUUGCUGAAAUAUAUAACAUAUCCAUUGACCUGUCCGAGGAUUAUGGGGGACUACUGAAUCAGUUCACCUCCCUUUUGGAAUAUGCAGGAGAAGAUAAACCACUGAUGAUCUGCCUGGAUGCGUUAGACGAACUCUCAGAAGACUAUGAUGCCAGCAUUUCCUGGAUACCAGCUGAGCUCCCCCACAAUGUAUAUAUCAUUGUUUCUUCUUCCAUACUAUCAGACAAGCCAUGUUCAAAAGCAUUGCAGAAGUUAACAAAUCAACAAAACAUUCUUGAGAUUCCACCACUCACUUCAGAGGAAACUGAAAAAAUGAUUGACUACUGGCUAGAAAGAAACUGCCGGAGACUAAAUUCCAACCAAAAACACCUGCUACUGGAGGCGUGCAGAGCUUGCCCAGCACCCCUUUUUCUAAAAUGUGCAUUUAGUGAGUCAUGUGGGUGGACAUCAUUUAGCUCAAGCACUGAAACCCAUCUGCCAGAGACGCUCUUCAAUAUGUAUUCAUGGCUGUUUAACAGACUGGAAAAGGACCAUGGGGAAUAUAUUGUGAAAAGGGUGACUAUUCUAAUCACAGUGUCCAGAAAUGGAAUUACACUGGAAGAGCUGCUUGACCUUUUGUCGCUAGAUGAAACAGUAAUACAAGAAGUUCAGCGUUCACAAAAACUGUCAGUUACAAGAUUUCCUUUGCUUUUAUGGAUAAGGUUCCAGAAAGAUUUGGGAAUCCAUUUAGUAGAGCAGAGAACAGAUAACACAUAUGUUUAUAACUGGGCUCACUCAUCCUUCAGAGAAUUCUGUAUAGGCAAAUAUUUAAAAUCAAAGGACUUACAAUUUUCAGUGCAUGCAGUUAUGGCAGAUUACUUCUUGGGAAAAAGAAUCCCACCUGGUGUUAGAAGCCCAAAUGCGUAUGAUACGGCAGAACAUAUUGCUAUGCCACUGGCUUGGGUUGUGAAGAAAAACUUGAAGGUCAGUUACACAUUUAAUUAUCGCAAACUGCAUGGAAUAUCAUACCACCUCAUUAAAUCCAAUCAAGCAGCUACCCUGACAAAUGAAUGCUGUUUUAACUAUGAGUUUCUUCUACACAAAGCAUGGGCCUUGUCCAUUCUUGAUACUGAACAGGAUCUGAAAGCAGCAAUGUCUUCUGAAAGGCAAAUACCUGAUCUAAAUCUACUGUAUGAGGCUAUCCGGCUGUCCAAACCAGUUUUGCUUAAAGACCCAUGUCAGUUGGCUUCACAGCUUAUAGGUCGAUUACAUCAGAUUGUAGCUGCAGACACUCCUGUGGCACCAGGUGAUCCUAAAAAAUACUCCUAUUUGCCAACUUUGCUGUCACAGUGCUUUCAGUCUUCAGUCCAUGUUGUUGUGCCAUCAUUUACCUGCCUGUUGCCCCCUGGUGGCCUUUCUUAUGACAUGCUGACAGGACACACAGAUGCUAUUACAGCUGUAUCAGGAUUUCAGAAAGAUUUAACUAUCGUCACUGCCUCUAAGGAUGGUACUCUGAAGCUGUGGGACUUAACUUCUGGCCGAACUACAUUUACUCUUCGUGAUGUGGGGAAAAAUAUUAACUCUAUUACAGUAUGCAAGGAAAACAAGAUGGUAGCUGUCACAGAAAACAAUUGCCUUAAGGUCUUGGAUAUUUACUCAGGAAGGAUUGUAUACACAGCUAGUGGUUCACUGGAUUCUCCAAUAUUAACGACUGCUUUAGAUGGGCAGCUUCUUUUAGCCUUUUAUGAUGGAAGCCAUUCAGUAAAGGUUUUUGAUCUGGCAAAAUCUUGCAAAUUGCUUCAUCAUGUGGACCUGUCUCCAGGAGAUAACCCUAUUCACAAGGAUCACUCUAUUGUGGUUUCUCAGAAUUCUCUAAGGGACUAUGUAUUGUUUGCAUACAGGAGUGGACAGGAUGCCAUGGUAUUCAGUGCAACCAAAGGUGAGGUCAUUGCCAAGUUAACAGCUAAUGAACCGGUUGCUUCUGUUCAAGCAGUGGAUGUGGCAAAAGAUUACUUACUAGUAAUCUGCAGGUAUCCAUACUUAGGGCAAAAAGAAAUUGUGCACAUUGAGCUCUUCAGUGCUCAGAACUUUGUGUACAUCCGCACAGUGAAAGGUUGUUCCAAUGACCCCAUCUCCACCAUAUCUAUAAAUCAUCUGGCAUCACAUGUAGUGGCUCUCUGUACCUCUCCAGAGACCAACACUACAGAAAUUGUUACAUGGAACCUAGAAACAGAAGAUCACAAACAUAUGGCCAAAUUCCCUUCCAUGGCAAUUGCAGGUGUCUGCUCUGAUCUGCGAUAUUGUUUAACAGUCUGUGAAGGAGAAAAUUACCUUCGGGAAUGGAAUCUUGUUUCUAGAAUAAAUGAACAGACUUUCAGUGUUCAUGUAAACAAUUUGAAGAAAGCAGAUGGCAUUGAAGAAAUUUUACACAUGAAGAAUUAUCCCAGGUAUGCUGUAUGUAGAAGCAUGGCCCCUGGCAUUGUAACUGUAUGGAACAUAGUGAAAUCAAAAUGUAAAGGCAGUGCUGUGAGGGUGGAACGUGGACUAAUAGAAAACACAGAUAUCGUUCUAAUAAAAGACAUGAAACUGUACAUCCUUACUGACAGAGCAAUGGCAACAUUCACGGAAACUCCAAGACCUAUUUAUCAGACUCUGCUCACUUAUGAUCUUCUGAGGAAGAAAUAUAUUAAAAAGCAAACAGGUCUUUAUAUUAUUCCUUGCCCAAGACAUGAGUACAAGAUCCUAGAUGGUGGUUUGCUGCUUGGUCUAUCAGAGAACAGAGACCACUUUGUGAUCUGGAACCUGGAGACAGGCUUCAUAAAAGACCGAAUCAGAGCAGUCUACAAAGAAAAGCCUCUCCAAACAGAUAUGCUCUCUGCUGACCUUCUGACAAAUGACAGCGUUAUUUAUAAAGAACUAGAGUCCAAGUGGAAGAACGGAGAAGAUGGAUCAGCACCUUUGACUCCCUGGGAAAGACGCAAUGAGACAAAAACUGCCAGAAAAAGGAGACUAGCAAGUGAGGUCAAAAAAGAAGUUGAAAAGCUCCAAGGAUUUGCUAAUGAGAAAAACAAUGCUGUCGAUCAGUAUCUCAUGAGUGGAGAUGAAAAGGUAAUUGUGAGUUCACAUUAUGCUCACCAUCUUGCUGUGUUCAAUUUGGAGACACUGUCCCAUGUGCAUACUCUGGAGGAUGAAACAUCCAUGCUUUUUUUACAUAAUGCUUCUUUGACACACACUGGCAGUUUUCUUCUGCUCCCCAACUACAAUGAUGACAAGAAGAUCAGUUAUGUCACAUUAUGGGACUUGGAAUCUGGAAAGGUCAGGAAGCGACUAAAAAAUGAACCAAAUGUGUGCUGCACUGCAAUUACUGAUGAUGCAGACAGAGUCGUUUUUGGUGUCAUGAAACAAAACAGGAUAAAAGUAUGGGAUCCCUUUAAACGAGGUCACAAGACAAUUCCUGGAUAUGAAAAUCUGCAUAUUACAGUUGGCAGCAAACUGUGCAUGUUGGAAGGUGGUGCCAAAGCAGUUUUGCUUGCAGGUGAUGUCAGUCUCUGGGAUCUCAUCUCUGGCACCGUUUUGUCUGUCUUCACUCCUGACAGCAAAAUCAGGUGUCUGUCACUGACACCAGAUGGAUAUACAGUUCUCAUUGGUAUGAGUGAUAACUCUGCUCUGAUCUCACUAAAGCUAACUUCACAGGAUGGAGUGAGGAUAAAUCUUGAAGGAACAAAUAUGUUUGGGGAACAGUCAAGCAGUAGUGAAGAUGAGGAAGAAACAGAGGAUCAAGACCCUACACAAACAGUUUAAAAUCACUCAUGGAUCACUGCUUACAGUAGGACAACGUGGCACUGAGCUUUUGUUUGAAGAAACUGAAAUUCUGCACUAUGCCAAAGGCACAAACUGUGUUGUAUCUUCCAAGGUUGUUUGACAGAAUGUGUGGGGAGGGGAAAUAAUUGUCAUGUUUACUUUCAAUUGCUGUAUUGAUAAUGGUCUCAGAUGCAUGAAUUUAGCACACAUUUGUACUCAAGGAAGAUAAAAUACUCCUCUGUACAGAAAAAUAUUUCAAAACAAGUUAUGCAUUACAAUUAUACUGCAUAACCAUGUGUAUGUAUUCUUAUGCUGCUGCAAACAGACUACUGAAAAAUAAGAUGACUCACUUAGAAAUGACCAAGUAACUACUCAGGAAAAAACAUUAUUUCAAAUGUUUAUUUGAUGGCAGACUUUCUUUUAUUUUAUUUUUAAAACACCUGUAUGAAAGUGGUUACAUCUCAUUAGAGGAAUGCUAUUGUGAUUAGCAUGGAUUGUCCAGGGCAAGUUAUUACAGUACUCUAUAGACUUUGUCAGAGAAUGUAGAGAUUGUCACUUUAUUGACAAGGUAAUCACCUAAAUAAUAUACUAUAAAUCAUAAAUGUGAAUAGCUGAUAAAAUCACAUUCACUAUAUACUUGCACAUUUAGCACUGCAGAUCUCCCACUGUAAAUUAACUUUAUUAAUAUGCAAUUGUAAAAAUACAUAAGCAUCAUGGAUUUUUCUUUUGUAGGCCUGGAAAACUUUGUAUUUCAAAGAGUAAGAAACUGUUUUCUUCAGAUUCCAUGUACUCCAGGUGUUCUUUCAUGCCACUAACUUGUAAUAAUCUGCUCAGAAUAUCACAGUUUCAGCUGAUAUAAAUUUUAAUGUCAAAGGACAGCUGUAAACUACAAUUCCAGGGUAGUAAAAUAAUAAUGAAUCAGUAAAAUUAUUUUAAAGGAAGCAGUAAUACCCUUAUUUCUUUGUUUCAUAGGUGAACAUACUUAACCUGACUUUAUAUAUUGAUAUGUGAGUUGUUACAAUAUAUAAAACAUAAUGAACAGUUGGGUAGGUACCUGUGUGUUUUUCAUUUUGUUUUUCUCAAAUCUGAACUGGAUGAUGGCAUAUAAAUCUCAAAAGUAAAGCUUAGGAGGUCUAUGUUGUCAUUCUGGAGUGAAAGCUACAAAAAUCUUUCUUGUUUUACUAUGAAUAAAAAUGUGAUUUAUUUUUAUUUAUUUAUUGACGUGAUUACCAGG